AUGCAACCCGGCGCUUUUACCUACGAAUAUGUUAUCUGUGGAGGAGGUACCGUGGGAUGCGUUCUCGCAAGUCGCCUCUCCCAGGCUGGACACAGCGUACUGGUCGUCGAGGCUGGUCCGGAGGACUACAACGACAAGAUCAUGAGUCCUGUCGCUGCUCCGCAUCUCCAUGGCACUGAAUGGGAAUAUAAUUUGAUGACAGCCAAGCAGCCAGGACUGGGCAACCGCCAUGUUCCCAACUACGGGGGCAAACUGCUGUCGGGCUCUAGCGGCAUUAACUACGGUCUGUGGACUCGAGGCCACUCAGUCGACUAUGACUCCUGGGCGAAGACAGUUGGAGACGAGCGGUGGAACUAUGCGAAUAUGCUUAAGUUUUUUAAGAUGACGCAGACUCACCACGAUCCGACGGGGAGCCCUGCAAAGUACGGGUUCAGUGGGCCGAUUUCGACCACGGCUGCGGCUCGUAUGUACCCGCUGCGAGAACGGAUACGCCAGGCAAUGUUUGCGGCGGGUCUGGAAUACAAUCCCGAUCCCAACGGCGGCAAUCCUCUUGGCUUUGGACCAUUCACGGAGAACUGGAAGAAUGCUCUCCGACAACCAGCCAGCAAGGCCUACGAUCUGUCCAAAGCGACAGUGCUGACAAACUCCGUCAUCGGACGUGUGGAUUUCGACGACUCUAAGACAGCUACCGGGAUCACGCUGACCGAUGGGACCCAAUACACGGCAACGAGAGAAGUACUAGUUACGUGCGGUGCUCUCAAAACACCUCAGUUGCUGAUGUUAUCCGGCAUUGGACCCCAGCAGCACCUCGCUCAAUGCAAUAUCCCCACCAUCGCAGAUCUACCUGUUGGAGAAAACUACCACGAUAAAAUCUCGGCGACCUUCUUCUGGAAGCUACGAAACCCGGAGAAAGGAUACGCACUCGGCUCCCCACUCUUCAACAAGCCCGAGUUUCGGCACGGCAACCCUAUAGAAUGGGUUGCAACAGUUCCUACCCCACACGCAGAGCUCAUCAAGGCCGCCCAGAAGGACAAGAUCGACCCGGAAGACCCAUACCUACAGGAACCCCGCGGCAAUGUCGAAGUGAUGGUAGCCUACGCACCAAUUGCCGGUGGUGGUUCUGAAUUCCGUGUCCCUAUGGACGGAAACCACAUCAGCAGCCCCGUGGUUCUUCUUCUUCCAACCAGUCGAGGACGCAUCACGCUCGCGAGCGCCGAUCCCACUGUUGACCCAGUCCUGGACCCGAGAUAUCUCGACACUGAGACAGAUCGUGCCGCGCUCCGCGCGGGUAUGCGAGUCGCCUUGCGCGUGAUGGAAACAGAUUCUGCAAAGGAGGUUAUCGAUAGCGAGACACCGCCGCCGGGCUAUGAGCCCAUCACUAGUGCAUGCAGUGAUGCGGACCUUGACCGACGGGCGCAGAUUGUGGGGAGUAGCUUUUUCCAGAAUAGAGGUACGGCUGCGAUGGGGACGGUGGUGGAUACGCAGUGUCGGGUUAAGGGUGUUCGGAACCUCCGCGUUUGCGAUGCUAGUGUGCUUCCUGUGCCACUGGCAGGGCAUUACCAGGCUCCUAUGUACGCUUUUGGAGAAGCCGUGGCUGAUAUGCUGCUUGCUCAGUAG